UCAAACACAAAGGCAUCAACACCUUGCGAACUAUUUUUAAAAUGAAGAGCUUCGUUGCGUUGCUGGUUGCUACCCUGGCUGUUGCCACUCAAGGAUCCUACGUACAAUCUUCAUACUGGCCAUCACACUCAGCAGGAUGGAACUCCUGGAACAAUGGCUGGAACGGUUGGAAUGGCCACCAAGUUGCUGCCUACCCAUACGCGAAAUCCUGGACCUCAUCCUGGCCAGCAACUGGUUCUUACAACAACGGAUGGAAUGGUUAUUAUGGUGCCUACGAUAAAGUCAAUUCCUGGGCUCAACCAUGGGGAAGCUUUGGAGCUGGAUGGGGAUAUCAGAACUUUGCUAAGACCGUUGUUCCAUCGGUGAAGGUCAACUCGUGGGGUCUGCCAUGGGGGAGCUACGGAGCGGGUGCCUACGGUUGGGAUCAUCCAGAAGUCGUUAAGACCGUCGUCCCAGUAGCCAAGCAGGUCGCCUAUGUUGCUCCAGUAGAAAAGGUUCUUGUGCAAUCGAAAUGGUAAAUUCAGGUUUAUCAAUAUUGUCGUACCGAAUUCAGUUGAUGUUUGAUAAUAAAUAGUGUUAUGGUAUUUCGCAUUCUAGAACUGAUGUAUUGAUAGGUUGAUAACAAAAUAUAUAGAUGACAUCCAACACACUUAACUUAAAAUUAUAUCUGUGGAAAUUUAUAGAAGCAUUCGA